AUGAGAAACCAUACAGGCAUAACAUUAUUCAUUCUUCGAGGAUUGACAGAUGAUCCACAGCUCCAGGUUCUGAUUUUUAUCUUUCUGUUCCUUACCUACAUGUUGAGUAUAACAGGUAAUUUAACGAUCAUCACCCUCACUUUAGUGGAUCCCCGCCUUAAAACCCCCAUGUAUUUUUUCCUUAGAAACUUUUCCUUUCUAGAAUUAUCAUUCACAACUGUCUGUAUUCCCAGAUUUCUGUAUAACAUGUCAACAGGGGACUUUACAGUGACCUAUAAUGCAUGUUUCACUCAAUUAUUUUUUGGUAUCCUAGUUGGAGCCUCAGAAUUUUUUCUCUUGGCUGCCAUGUCUUAUGACCGCUAUGUUGCCAUCUGCAAGCCCCUGCAUUAUGCAACCAUCAUAAACAACAGAGUAUGUAACCAGCUCCUGGCGGGAUGUUGGCUGUCUGGACUGAUGAUCAUCCUUCCACCACUUGGUGUGGGUCUUAAGCUUGAAUUCUGUGACUCCAAUGUCAUAGAUCAUUUCGUCUGUGAUGCAUCACCAUUGCUAGAGAUCACAUGCUCUGAUACAAAGUUUAUAGAAAGAAUGGUUUUAGCCUCUGCUGUGUUGACUCUCAUCAUCACCUUGAUAUUAGUGGUCCUAUCUUAUGCCUUCAUCAUUAGGACGAUUCUGAGAUUCCCCUCUGCCCAGCAAAGGAAAAAGGCCUUUUCCACUUGUUCUUCCCACAUGAUUGUUGUCUCCAUGACUUAUGGCACCUGUAUCUUCAUCUAUAUUAAACCCUCUGCAAAGGAGGGGGUGGCUAUGAAUAAGGUAGUAUCAGUUCUUGCAACUUCAGUGGCCCCAGUAAUGAAUCCCUUUAUUUAUACUCUGAGGAAUAAACAAGUGAUACAAGCUUUUAAGGACUCUUUCAAAAGGAUCUUAUUGAUGUUAAAGCUAUAA